AUGGCUGAACGCGAAAAUGACCAACAGGUGCAUCCUCCGAGCAUCUACAAUCGGAGAGUCUAUGCAGCGGCCCUGACUGCUUCUUUUGGUGGAGCACUCUUUGGGUUCGACAAUGCCUUCCUUGGAGGAACUCUUGCACUCCCAGCCUUUCGCAGACAGUUUCAUCUCGAAGGGGUUCCACAGAAGCAAAUCAACGAUCUCUCCAGUAAUAUCGUCAUCACGUUUCAAGCUGGCUGCUUGCUCGCAUGCUUCUUAGCCACACCAAUUGCAGAAACUAUGGGUCGGCGAAAAGCCAUUCUUAUCGCUUCCACUGUAUUUAGUGUUGGAGCUGGUUUACAACUUAUCGGCAAUUUACCUUCAUUUUACGUAGGACGAUUCUUGACUGGCCUAGGAGUCGGACCUAUAACGGUGGUUGCCCCAAUUUUCCUCGCCGAGAUAGCUCCUGCAACUCUUCGUGGAAGGUGUAUUGGCUUCUUCGAGAUGAUGUAUCAGCUAGGUGGACUCUUAGGGUUUUGGAUCAAUUAUGGAGCAUCACUGCACAUUUCGAGGGAGGCUGGGAUGCAAUGGCGGGUACCUGUCUCGAUACAACUCCCGCUUGUAGGGCUCCUCUUUAUAGGUGUUAUAUUCCUUCCAGAAACACCUAGAUGGCUCAUCAAAAAGGACAGGAUUGAAGAAGCUGAGAAGACCUUGUCAUGGAUACGAAAGCUCCCAACAGAACAUCAAUAUCUUCAGAAUGAGCUCACGGGCAUCCAUGCAGAGUUACGGCAAGAACUACAACAGGCCGGAACUGCGAAUCUAUCAAAAAGAGCAUACAUUCGAAACCUAGUCCGGGAAUGUAUGAGACCAGAUAUGCUCCGUCGCAUUUCGGUCGGAGUGAUCACUCAAUUGAUCGGACAGCUAUCCGGCAUCAAUGGCAUCAGUGUUGUUGGCACCAGUACUGGCCUCUUCGCAACUGGUAUUUAUGGAGUGGUAAAGACUAUUACAGCUUUUGUGGCUUAUUAUUUCAUCGUCGACCGUUUUGGACGCCGAACAUUGUUACUCGUGGGUUGUGUGAUAAUGACAAUCGCACUGUUCACGGUCGGUGGAUACGUUCAAAUCGCAAGACCAACUGCUAGCGACCAGGCAAUCAGCAGCGGUGGAAUUGCUGCUUGUGCGUUCAUCUACAUAUAUGUGAUUGGGUUUGUUGCUUCAUUUGCCGGUGUGCCUUGGAUCCUAUCCAGUGAAUGUGUGCCCCUGAACAUCAGGGCAACAAGUGCAACCCUUGGAGCAGCCUUUCAAUGGCUUUUCAAUCUUGUUAUCACGAAAGCCACACCGUACAUGAUCACCUCCAUCGGGGCUGGGACAUUUUUCUUUUACGGUUCAUGUGUUGUUAUCGGCGCAAUAUAUGUAUGGUUCUGUGUGCCAGAAACCCGUGGCCUACCGCUGGAAGAAAUUUCCAGAGCAUUCGGGAUUGAGCUUGCGCCCUCAAACACGCAGAAGGAGACUCCCAAAGAAUUGAAUGAUGUGAAAGAGUUGGAGUCGGUGUAA